AUGCGCCUCUACCUCCUGCCCAUCUCGACGCGGCGGACGUUGCUCUACUGCCAGAAGCUCGACACCCCUCACCUCGCCAAGAACAAGACCUUGGUGGAUAAAGCCACUUCCAAGGCCGCGCACCUGUGGACCAGCUGGGAGAAGAAGGAGAGCGGCUGGCAAAAGACGGUCGUCAACUAUGGCAACGCCGCCUUGCGCCGCAUACCCUACGAGGAAUGGGGCUUGAAGUCGGUGCCCCCCCUGUCGGCGCGCAGGAGGGAUGACGAGCUGCAAGGCGUGGACAAGAUCGAGGUUGUCUACCCGGAGACUGUGAUACCCACGACGAAGGCCCUGGGUGUCCUGCAGACGCUGGCGACAGAGCGCCAGUCGCUGCAUAGACAGAGGCUUAUAUGGUGCCUCAUCGGCAUGCCCAUCUCGGCGCCUUUUGCCUUGGUGCCUGUAAUCCCUAAUAUCCCCUUCUUCUACCUCCUCUACCGCGCCUGGUCGCAUUGGCGAGCCUUAGCUGGAGGCAAGCAUGUCCAGUUCCUCGCCUCGAAUAGUCUCCUCUCGUUAUCGCCCUCUCCUAUACUAAAAUCCAUCUACCCGAGUCUUCUUCCGGCGUCAUCACCGUCGACACAGACACCACCAAGCCAGCCAGCCACGAACGAAUCAGGAGCACCAGCAGCAAACGGCGAGGAGGAAGAGGAGAGGAUGGUACUGUCCCAAGCCAACGGGCGCGAGUUGUUCAAGGCCUUGGACAUUCCCGAGCUCGAAGUGGAAAUCGAGCGUGCCAUCGAGCAGGUCGAGGUGGCCCUACGGAAAGAGAGAAAGGAGAAAGCCGAGGGCGCCGGCAAGCCCAAAGCCUCCACCACGACCGAAGCCGAGGAGAAGAAAGAGAAAUGA